AUGCACUUCUGGACCGGGUUGAACAUUCUCCUUGCACUUGCCACCGCUUCAAACGGAAAUCCGGUAAAACGAACAAAUGAAGUUGAAAUCACUUUUCUCGGUGCAGCCAAUGCUCAAUUCACGCAAAACUUCCCUGUUGAUGGCUCGAUUGUGUCUAUUUCGAACGUGCUGAGUAUCUCGCACGUCUCGUCUGCUGAUGCGAAUGUUCAGUGCACGUUCCAUGGUAUCGAUAACAGUGUUACGACUGUGAGUGGGGCGCAGUUGGUUGAUGUUGGACCACCCCAAACCCAGAUCUCGGGCUCUUGCUCGGCAAAAGGCGGAUCAGCAUCGACUUCGUCCCCUUCUAACCCGUCCAAUAAAGAGCAUGGAGAGCCUGGAGGACAGAAUGAGCAUUUGAGCCAAGUCCAGGUUGUUUUCAUUGGCGCGGCCAAUGCGGAGUUUACUCAGACCUUCCCGGUCAAUGGUCAAGCUAUGCAGAUCACUAAUGUUCUGAGUAUCUCCCACAUCGAGUUAAACACUGCUAGUGUUAUGUGUACUUUCCAUGGUAUUGAUAACGGCGUUACUACCAUCAGUGGGAACCAGCUGGUUGAUGUUGGCCCUCCCCAGACUCAGGUUUGGGGCUCUUGUCAAUCGAUUUGA